AUGCCGGACCUUUUCCCCCCCGAGCCCGAAGAUAUAGACCAUGAUACAGAACCGUAUCAUUCGGAGCUCGAGACCAUACCUGAACUCAACCUAACCCAUAUUUGGGAACAGGUCAUGCGAGCACGCAGCCCGCUCGACUUGGGAGAUCAAGAGCUUCGCUCCGAAGGCUCUCGUUCACACAGCACACAUACCUCAAAGACGCCAUUGGAUUCGUUGGAGCUUGGAGGAAGUGACUCGGAUGAGUCGGCGGAUGUGGACAACGUGGAAUACGACCCUGCGACAUAUGGAUUACCGCCCGAAUCGUUCAUUCGGGAGCAAUUGUUGGUCAAGGUUGCUAAACUGGGAUAUCUUGCCAAUCUCAACGAUUGCCCUUACUGUCAUUCCCCUCGCCUUGACCCUUCUGGACGUCCAUAUUCCAUUUUCCAACAUAUUCCACUUAUCCCCCAGCUGCGAGCACUCUUUCGGAACCGAGCAACAUUCUUAAAAAUGCUAUAUUGGUCUGAAUUCCAGCGGAGUGGAACACACGUCCGGGAUGUAUUUGACGCCGUACUCUAUGAACUAUUAUGCGCUACGCGCGUGGUUGUCGAUGGAGUUGAACAGCCAUACCGACAUUUCGAGGACUUUCAAGAGCUUGCGCUGGCAAUCGCACUGGACGGCAUGGGCCCAUUUAAGCGACAAAAUCAUUCAUGUUGGCCAAUACUUAUUAUUAUCUACAACUUCCCCCCCGAAAUCCGAACACACCUCUCCAACAUGAUAUGCACCGGCGUUAUUCCUGGUCCCCACUCCCCCAAAGACCUCAACUCCUUCCUCCAGCCGCUAAUCGACGAACUUGUGGAGCUGUCUCGAGGUGUUGAGGCCGUAGAUGUGGUUAACGAAGAGGUUUUUGCUCUUCGUGCGCAUAUUCUUGCGGCGUUUGGAGACUUACCGGCAAUUGCAAAAUUGAUGGAGUUUGUAGGCCAUAAUGGCCGCUUCCCUUGUCGCUUAUGCAAGAUUAUGAGUAUUCUUGGUCGCACAGCCAAGAACGCAUCCCAUCUGUAUUGCCCACUCCAUCGUUCAGACGACACCGGACUUGACCCCUACGAACUCCCACUCCGCACUCACGAGGAGUGCCUUAAAGAUGGAUACGAUGUCCUCCGAGCUCCAAACGACACUGUACGGGCCGACUUAGCAACUGAUUGCGGCAUCAAGGGUGUGACGUUGUUGGCUAAACUCUCGUCGAUCCGGAUCCCCGACUCGUUCCCCGUCGAAGCUAUGCAUCUUGUGUGGAUAAACUUGAUCCCUCAGCUUGCAGACUUAUGGCGCGAAAAAUUCAAUGGAAUUGAUUCUGGAUUUGAGGAUUACUUGAUCAACGCGCUUGUCUGGAAUUCUAUGGGGGACAUAAAUCGCUCACAUUUUACUGCUGAAUCUUGGUCUCGCUGGGCAACCCACGCGGCCCCAAAUUUACUGCGCCGUCGCUUUAUGGACUUGAGGUAUUAUAUUCAUUUUGUUUGUCUAGUCAACCUAAUGAACAAAUGCACCGACCACGCCGUCGACCGCUCUGAGCUCCCGGCGAUUCGUCGAGGCUUCAUUGAGUGGGUGGAGGAUUUCGAACAGAUCUACUACCAGCACGAUCCAGAGCGCAUACAAGUGUGUACAACAAAUAUACACUAUUUGCUUCAUAUCGUGGACUCAAUCGAGCGUCUUGGGCCCCUACCUGGCUACUGGGCAUUCCCUAUGGAGCAAUACUGUAGCUUCAUUGGGGCCUCGGUGAAAAGCCGGCGAUUUCCUUACGCGAACAUUGCUCGGCGCGUUUGCGAUGUCGCUCAGCUUUGUAUCAUUCGCGAAAUAUACGACUUACGCAAUAUGAUCAGCUUCGGGCAAACCCGAGCAUCAACCGAGGAGGACUUGAAGACUGAGAUGAGGGAAGGUGAUAAAUUCGAAAACUAUCCCAACCGAAUAUUCCUAACCCCCUGGGCCGAGGCGCUCACUGUAACUCCUGAACUACGCGCACAGAUCUCCAAGUACUUGGCAACCACCUAUGAAGUACGAAUUGGAAAGAAAUUAGCUCUAGAGCUGAUUCCCGAUACCCUCCAACAAUGGGGCCGAAUGCGAAUCACCCAGGGAGGCAACUUGAUUCAAGCACGAGGCUACCAUAAGCUACGAUGGGACGGCCGCGACGCAUCAUUUGUUCGGUAUGAACUGCUGGCCGAUCGACUUGCUCAUCUUCCAAGAGCAACACCCGACUUCGUCCCAACUUCUUAUUAUGGUCAGCUUCAAUAUUUGUUUAAGUUGCCCCUAAAGCCCGAAAGUGUCGUCAAUCCGUCAAAGGAUGGAUCAAAAUAUCUCAUUCUCGCGUUCAUCUUGGAGGCACCAGUGGUUAUUGAAGAUGCUUACGAAUACAGGGUCACAUGGUACGAGGGAAAGUUGGGAAGUGGGGAAGUGGUCGACGCCCUAACCAUACAGUGUGCUAUUGGACGAAUUCAAGACAACAAGCGUUGGUGGAUCAUUGAUAGGAUUUACACUUGCUACGCGCUGGAUGAGCAAUCGCCUGGAAAUCCGACCCUCAUUCACGCAUCCGACCCCAGUGCUCAAAUCCGAACCCCUCAAAUAAGCCCGACCCCCGACGAAGAAUGUAAAUCCGACCCCCGGCCACGAAUCCGGCCCCUCCGAAAAUGUCCGACCCCUAAAAAACCCAAGAACCCGACCCCCGAGCAGAAAUCCGACCCCUCGAGAAAUUCCGACCCCUGGGGAUUACAGACAUCCGACCCUCGAGAAAAAGUCCGACCCUCGAGGGGGUUCGGAUUUAAAAAGCCGAACCCCAUCCGAAAUAACCCCCCGGCGCCGGGGUCCGGUUUUUCCUAG